UAAAAUUUAUUACGCGUUUUUGGAAACAAUUAACAAAUAAUUAUCGAAAACUGUAUAAAAGUGCAGGGAUGGGUCCUGAACUUCAUUCACUGUAUUUUAAGUCGAGCCAACAGUUUGUUAUAUUUGAGCACAAUGUUGAAAUUCGCAUUUAUUCUUAUCGUCGGUGCGUGUGCGGUAUCAGCAGUGCGGAUUCCUCGGACACCAAGUAAAACAUGUGGAGUGCAGAAUGUUGCUGUAGAAUGUCCUGGUACGAAAUGCAUUGAAAGACUGUUAGAUAGCUAUGGAUGUCUCACUUGCGCCUGUAACCCAAACCCAACUCGUAUGGAUGACAUGAUACUCUCUCCAACGGUUGCCAGAUUUAUUGACGCUGGCUUCAGACCAGGCCGGCCAUCGAAGGGCGCCAGCAUUAGUUUCCCGCUUUGGAACAACAUUCCAUCUGGGACCACAUAUCUCAUUCCUUACGAGUUUGCUUCGGGGUUCGCCAGCGCAGGACAAACCGCCGUUCAGCAAAGCAUUGUCGACCUGGAAGCCUCAACUUGCUUACGAUUUAUUCCAAGGACUUCACAAUCAGACUACAUGCAGUUUUACGCUGAUAGUGGCUGUUUUGCACCGAUCGGACGUAACACUGGGAUAAAUAGGAUUUCUCUAGGUGACGGCUGUCAGACCAAAGGUAUUGCGAUUCAUGAAAUAUUGCACAGUCUAGGCUUCUUCCAUGAGCAUCAACGACCUGAUCGCGAUGCUUACGUCAAUAUCAUCUUAGCAAAUGUAGAACCAGGUAAGGAGGGCAACUUUGAAAAAAUAUCAACAAUUGAUUCGCUCGGGUCACCAUACGAUUAUACAUCGAUUAUGCACUACUUUGGAACAGCUUUCUCUAAAGACGACACUUCGAAAACUAUCACGAUGCCCGAUGGAACUGAUUUCGUUGGAUACCAGGAAGCUGGACUAGUGCAGACGGACAUUGAUCAGAUCAACUUGCUUUACAAGUGUUCAGCUAUUACCACAACUACCACUACUGUCAGUCCAACAACAGUCCCAAACCCGACAUGUGCGGAUAAGCUGACGGAAUGCCAGUACUGGGCAGCAACAGGAAGAUGCAGUUCUGCGGGAUAUAUAAGAAUGAUGAGAAAGAAGUGUCAAAAAAGUUGCGGAUAUUGCACUGCGUCAGGAACACUCGCGUGUUUCGAUCUGAGUGGAAAUGCAUGCGCAACUCUCAAGCGACUUUGUAAAGCCACUGUCGUUGUCCGCAAUAUCUGCAAAAGAACUUGUGGCCAGUGUACAUGAAGAUAGAUAUCGGUGUAUAUCACGUGAUGGGAAGGAUAUCUUGCAAAAUAGUCAAUGUCACCUUCUUGUAUAUAUCACUCCCGCUUUUAUAACUGCCAGCUUAAUAAAUGGAAGUUUGAUAUACUGAGACGUUUGAUAUGUUGUUAUUUUACGUCGGAAGAGCAGUAUAUAAAAUACAUAACUAUCA